ACGUGUCUGUGUUAUUUUAAUUAUAGAAUACAAAUAAUUAUGGGAUCAUAAAGUGAUCAGCCUAAAUUAACUAAACAUCAUGUCAAUGAUCCGGAAGCGAAAGCUUCAUUCUAUUAAAACUGUGUACAAGGGGAAAAACCGGCGAACAGUAGGCCUACAUGUCACCGAGAAGUGGGGCAGUAGGCAAAAGCUUGGAACGCAAUCACAAGAACUUGCAGAAAUUCAGAUUGAGAAUGAGAAACCAGAAACAAACUUAAUUGCUAACUGUGCUACAAAUAGCAGUUCAGUAUCAGACGUAGAUACUUCGGUUACAUUUGAUGAAAAUAGAAGAUACGAUACUGAAAAGGCCAAACGUCUUGAAGAAUGGAAAAGUAUAUCUCCAGAAAUUAUGUCUGCUUAUGUACAAAUGCAGACACCCAAUAAGCGACAAUGUGCUGAUUGUUGUCUCUCCACAGAUGAACUGUACAGGUGUUGUGAUUGCUGUUCAUGGGAGACUACGUGCCUCACAUGCUUGCGGUUGAGGCAUAAACAUCCUCAUCUGCAUUUGGAAGAACAUGGCUUACCUUUCUUUCAUUGAUGAUGAUGAGGCUUGGAAAUUGAAUGACCAUUCCUGUAGCACUACUUACCUGAAAAAACUCGUGGUCGUGGAUGAUAAA